AUGCGCAUGCAAUACUACGCGCAUGAUGCACAAACACCCGACAUACGUCGUCGCAUGAGGCAAUACGUCCGAACAAGUUUGCUAGCGUGCCUGCCUCCACAGAAGCAAAUCAUCGCUUCGAAGGUGAUGGGAACUGUGAAAUGGUUCAAUGUCAAAAGCGGAUAUGGAUUUAUAAAUAGAACUGACACCAAGGAAGAUGUGUUUGUACAUCAAUCUGCCAUAGUUAAAAACAACCCGAAGAAGGCUGUCCGCAGUGUAGGGGAUGGAGAAACUGUGGAGUUUGAUGUGGUAAUUGGAGAGAAGGGAAAUGAGGCAGCUAAUGUGACCGGCCCAGAAGGAGAGCCAGUCAAGGGAAGCCCAUAUGCGGCCGACAAACGCCGCAGCUAUCGCCAAUGGAGCUACCCUCGUGGAGGACCCAGGGGACCCAGAAGAAAUUACGAAGGAGGCGAAGGUAAAGAAGGGUCGGGUUCGGGAGGCGAGAACGGUGAUGGGCAAGGGCCCGUACAAGGAGGCGGCCCACCGCGUGGCCGAUUCCGCGGUCGCGCACGAUACAGCAGCUAUUACGGCCGUGGCGGACCGCGCCGGGGGCCACCGCGCGAUCAUCAGACGGACGGCGACGAACACGAAGGCGCCGACGACUCGCAGGGUCAACCCCGCGGCUUGCGUCGCGGUGGCGGAGCUCCGCGCCGCUUCUUCCGCCGCAACUUCCGCGGCGGACGCGGCGGAAUGCGCAGGCCGCGCAGCGAGGACGGCGGCCAGUCGGCCGGCAACAAUGACGGUGGCACCGGCGGCGGCGUCAGCGAAGGCGAGGGCGGGCACGGCGAAGGCGGACAGGGACAGCGCGGACCGCCUCGCCCGCGCUACAGGCGCCGCUUGCCGCGUACAAACCGAAUGCCCCGGUACCAGAGUGAGGGAGGGGACAAGAAGCCUGAGGCAUCUUCAACUUCAAAUGGAAGUUCGUCCACCCCUCAAGAGGGUGGGCAACCCGUUCAGAACACCGUUACAGAAAGCACUGCUUGAGCAGUGGAACAUGUCUCGGGAAUCUCAAAGAUACCUUUAGCGAAUACAAUAUCUAUAACUGUUUGCUAAAAUAACAUUUUUAUAGACAUCCCCCUUUAAAAAUGAUAAGGAAAAUAGGUUGCACACAUAUUUUCUAAUGCAUAAAAACUGCAGGAUUGGUUUUCUUUUUUAUUUAAUUUAUUUAUGUGUGAAGUAUGAAACAAUGCUUAUUGCUGUGCAACCUCUUUGGUUAUGUAUUGUUAAAUCAUAAAACGUAAAGAUCUGAUUUUUAGUUUGUUUACAUUUUGACAAACCUGCAUUAGAAUUGAUUUGCAGUGAGUAAUUUUAGAGUUUGACAUUUAAUUUCAUUUUAAAAUAAUAAAGAAAAAAUGCUUUAACGAUGCAUAUACCAAUUUCAUAGAUAUUAUGUUAAACCAACUAGUUGAAAAUGACACAUCUAAGGUAUAUUUAAAAUAAAACAUCAAAAAAAUUAUAUCAAAUGACUUCGAAUCAUUUAAUAUCUGCUUGUAACAAUAUAGAUAUUAAUAAUUCACAAGUUGAGAUAUCAAAAAAAAAAACACCUUAAUUUUUUUUGUCUAACAAAACCACCCUAUGUAAGGAAUAAAAAUAAAUAAUCCAAGGUUCAAAAUCUAUUGUCUCUUGUAAUUGUAAUCAUUGAAUACAAUUUGAUUUAAAGCUAAAAUGUAAUUCUUUUCAAUAGUUUGAUGUUUGUAAUAAUUUGUGAUAUGUGUAAAAAAUAAUUUUGAACCUUUGGACAAAUAAUUGUAUAAUAUUAUUGCUCUAUAUUGUAUAAGAGAAAUAACAUGUCGGUUAACAACUGCACUUCCUGAAUUGCUUUCGAAGUUGCAUAGUAGCCACUUGUCUCUUAGUAGAAGACUCGAUUUAAAAUAAACAUACCACGAAGUUGGUGUUCUGUUAAUUUCAUAUUGCGGGUCCUAAUAAUAUGGAAAAUGCAUGUGUGUGAAACAUCAAUUUAAUAACUUAAUGUACAUGUUCUAAAAAUAUUAGAAAAAAAAACGAAUCCAAUAUUCUCUGACAUUGCUCAAAUGUUUUUUUUGAACAAUGUGUGUGUGGGUGGUGCUCGCAGGACACCAUUCUGAUAACAUCUGUACAUUUAUUUAUCUUUGUGCUCCUCACGUUCAACACAUUUAUAUUGGCAACAUCAAUGUGUACCAUAAAUCUGGUUGAUAAAGUAGUUUUGUAUUAUUGAUCAGAUUUUUGUUCAAUAACAAUAAUAGUUAAUUGCCUUAAUUUUUGAUGUUUGAAGACAUUCAUGGAAAUUAAUCCAGUGUAUUGGAAAUUGUAAAUUUGGUAUAUAUAAUUUUUUCACGAAACAUGUGCAUUUUAAAAAAUCAAUAAAUCUACAAAAAAAUUGAA